AUGGCAGACCAUGCUGAAAAGCCAAGCAGAAAGAACAUCCUCAUCCUGGGUGGCUCAUAUGCGGGCAUGUCUGUGGCCCAUUAUGCACUGAGGCAUAUCGUACCAAAGCUACCUGAGCCAGACGAGUACCAAGUUGUAUUGGUUAGCAUUGGAGCCGAAGUCAUGUGUCGCCCAGCCUGUCCGAGGGCCAUGAUCUCUGACGAGUUCUUUGCACAAGAGAAACUUUUUGUCAAUAUUCCCAAGCAGUUUGAGCAGUACCCCAAGGGGAGCUUCCGCUUUGUUCAGGGCGCAGCGACCAAGCUUAAUCACGAGAAGCGCACGGUCAGCGUCAAGCUGGCAGGCGAAGAAGGUCCUACCAAAACCAUCAGCUUCCAUUCCCUCAUCAUUGCUACAGGGGCCGCUGCUUCGUCCCCCUUGAUCGGGUCUAAUGGAGAUCAAGACCGCCUCAGGUCAAGCUGGCGCGAGUUCCGCCGAGCUCUGCCCACGGCCCGGCACAUUGUGGUUGCCGGAGGCGGACCGACGGGCGUCGAGACCGCCGGUGAGCUGGGCGAGUACCUCAACGGCCGAGCAUGGUUCUUCAACUCCAAGCUGGCAGACCCCGACGUGAAAAUCACCCUCCUGACGUCGUCGUCCAAAUUGCUCCCGGUGCUGCGCCCGUCCAUUGCGCUCAAAGCGGAGAAGCUCUUGGCCCAGGUCGGCGUCACGGUGGUCAAGGACGCCCCAGUGGUCAAGGUGUCGUCAUCUGCGGCCGCGACCAGCGGCACCGGGGAGAAUUCCUCCUCGGGGGAGGAAACCGCCUCCUUCUCGGCGGGCAAGGUGACGGUGGCGCUCAAGGACGGGACAAGCAUGGAGGCGGACCUGUACAUUCCGGCGUUUGGCACGACGCCCAAUACCGCCUUUGUCGACGGGUCCCUGCUGGCCGCCGACGGCCGGGUGCAGACCAAUGCGGCGACGCUGCGCGUGGACAAGGCCGGGCCCCGGGUCUACGCCGUGGGCGACGCCUCGACGUAUGCGCGCGCCGCCGUGCACCACAUUCUCGGCGCCGUGCCCGUGCUGGGCGCCAACAUGCGACGAGACCUGUUGGCGGCCGUGGGGCGCAGCGACAAUAGCAUUGACCGCGAGUUCAAGGAGGAGAAGCGCGAGAUGCAGAUGGUGCCCAUUGGCCGUAGCAAAGGCGUGGGCGCCGUGUUUGGCUGGAGAAUGCCCAGUUUCAUGGUCUGGCUGAUCAAAGGCAGGGACUACUUCCUUUGGACUACCCCGGCACUUUGGAAUGGGACACACUGGGCUAAGGAAUCUUGA